AUGCAUCCUUCGUACGCCAAUCGCAAAAUCGGAUACAUUCGGCUCGCUCUCGCUCUUUUCGGAACCGUCUGCUUUUUCACAGGUUUAUUUUUCUUCUUUUUUGAGCAAAAAAAAAAUUGAAUUUGGAUUUUUCUCACAAGAAAACGAGGAACUGUUCAAAAAUUAUCAGGAAAAAAUGCUCAAAUUCUUGGGAAUUCAAAUUUGGCAAAUUUCAAAACUAUCUGCAUUUUUUUUACAAUUCUAAUCUCAAUUUUCAGCCGUCUCAUUCGGUUGGUACGCGGCUCACGUUUUCCACCAGUAUUACCCGAAUCUUCCGACUCCACGUCCUUGGACAAGCAAAAUGUGGCAGCCGGUGAAUUUCUAUUAAAUGACCCUGGAUUUUUUGAACAGACCAAAACAAACUUCAAUUUGAAGAUUUUAGUCAAAGUUUUGUGCAUAGGAAAAUAUAGAAUCACCGGCUCUGAAAUUUAAAAAGUAGACAGUUCUGGCGCAGAAAAAUUGUAGACUUUUCCCUUUUAUUCAUCUCGAUAGACUUUUUAUUUGUCGUUCUUAGGAAAUCUGCAAAAAACAUUUCUUAGUUUCCACUUUUUUGGCCAUACCAUUUUCAACCGCCAAGCGUUCAAAAUGAAAAAAAUAACUGAAAUACGCUUUCUCAAUAAAUACAACUCAGGGAUACAACUACCACGUGCGCUCUGCAUUUGCCGAAUGGUCAAUGGCUCUCUCAAUCGUCGCUUAUAUACUGUCCUACUCUCGCGACUUUGAAAAGUUCGAGGCAAAACUAGUGGUCGAAAGGCUGGUGGUCCACCUCGAUCACAGUCCUAUGGCCAACUCCUAUGAAGAUCUCAGGUAUUUAUCACCGAACAAUUCCAACUAUCUCAAAAAAAAAAGCUCAGAAACAAGAAUUUUCCAAACCUGAAUCAUUUGUGGAGUGUAGGACAAAAGCGCCGAUUCCAAGAGCGCCGUUCAAAUUGAGCGCCGGUCCGCACUGCGCCGUCGCGUGUAAGCGCCGUGUAUGCAGACGCCGUUUCUUUUUUUGCGCCGAUUCCGUUUGCGCCGAAUCGUUUUGCGCCAUUAUUCUGAACUUUCAUUUUUUUGCUUUUUUUCUAUUAUUUUUCCAUUAAUUGUGUAGUACAAAUUCAUAUACGACUCGAAUAAUUUUCGCGCCAUCUGUCAAUUUUGAGUCUUCUGCCACUUUUUCGAAAAUACGCGGAUUAUUUUUUCAAGCAAAUGAGUUAAUCAUGACUGAAAGCCGUUCUCUCACAGUUUCGCGACUGCUAGAUUUCAAACUGCCGUAUCUCGGCCAGAAAGUUUCAAACAAAAAAAUAAAAUAACUCAACUAUCGCAUUCGGAGCGUUUCAUUUUAAAAUAUCAUGUAAACAAAUUCAAAAAAAAAAAUAAACAACAGCGUGAAGAAAGGAAUGAUAGGGUGGAAAUUUAAAAGAGAGAUAUUGAUGGAAGAUGAAGGAGAUGUCAAAAAAAUUGAGAGGGAUUUUUCCCAAACGGCAGCAAAUAUCGCAUUUUAUGAAACAGAAAGAAAAAAACAAAAAAAUCAGUUCAGUUUUUCUUUUUAACGAAAAAAAUGCGAGAUGUUGUUAAGCUGUGUUCCAACGUCUUUGUAGUCUUCAGCAACGCAUGAGACGAAAUUUCGAUCUCUAUAUAAUGAAGGGCGUGAAGGACUACGAACUCUCUUCUGGAAAGUUUCCAUAA